ACUCCACUGUCAAUCAAUCUAAGUUAUUUGGGGUUGUUGCGCGGUUUUGAAAAUGUAAUGACUAUUAACUAAAAAUAUAAUACUACGCAAAUAGCAACAGAUUUUUCGUUUGUUCAUAUAAUAUUCCUGCUGUUUGUAGUAGUUGUAAUUUAUGGCAAAAUGUCCAAAUCCGUAGCGAGACUAAAAUCUAUGAAGAAAGUGGCUGAUAAGAUAGACCAUUCUUCAAAGUUAAGAACCAAUAUUCCUGCCGGUAUGGCAGCUGCAGGGCCACCUUUAGGUCCUAUGCUAGGUCAGCGCAACAUCAACAUCGCAGCUUUCUGCAAAGACUUUAAUGAGCGAACAGCUAACAUAAAACCUGGAAUACCUUUACCAACAAGAGUAAAGGUGAAUGCAGAUCGGUCAUAUCAGCUCAUAAUCCACCAGCCCCCUGCGUCAUACUUCUUGAAGCAGGCUGCUGGUGUCAAUCGGGGUGCUAUGGAACCCGUUAAAGAAAUCUGUGGUAAAAUAACAUUGAAGCAUUUAUAUGAAAUAGCAUUAAUAAAGCAGCAAGAUCCUCCACUAGAGUGGAAGUCGCUCAAGGAAAUCUGCACAAUGUUGAUAGCCACUGCUAGGACUUGUGGCAUUGAAGUUGUUAGAGAACUAGACCCUAAGGACUAUGGUGAAUUCCUAGAAGAAAGAAAGAGGAUUGUAGAAGAACAGAAAAAAUUAUUACAAGAAAAAAGGGAAGCAAAAAUGUUGAGAACUGCUUAGGUCCUUUAAUAGUAGUUAUUGUAUUGAAAAUUUUAAUAUAGCAUU